AUUUAAGUCUUAAUUCGUGUGAUAUCCAAAGGUAGUGAAUUUCGUUUCACAGAAAUAUGGGACUUUUAACUAUUGGUGUCAUAGUUUUCACGAUUGCACUACCAUUGGAAGCUUCGCCUAUCUUGGAAAGUAGUAGUGUUGUCCAUAUCGGCAUACCAGUUUCAUUGAGAAGAUACUUUGGGAAGCCUAGUUCACAUUUCAAGUACAAUUACGUGCCCCGGACUUUUUACGAAGAACCAAAGGUGUCAGAAGAAUCGGACAGUUAUAUAGAACGACUUAUUAGAGAAGCAUUACAAGCCUCAAGCAACGCGGAAAGAGAAAGAAGAUCCUCUUCUAGACUGGAUAUCGACACAGACUAUUAUUUGAUAAUUGAAAAUGAUAACUAAAGCAACACCUACGAAAUAAGACAAUAAGUAUAACCGAAAAAUAAAUGUUUUUAAACCUA